AGAGUGUUUGUAUGACGUCAUGUCGAGAACGAGGCCUUGAAAAGGCGGAAGUGCUCUGGAGACCCGCAGCUUCUCGUAGGCCAGGGACAGUGCAUUGUGUGACAGCGAUUCGGUAACAUCUGGAGGAUGUGGUACUGUAUCAGCUUAUUAAUUUGCCUUGUGUUUGCUGUUAAAUGCUUGGGGGACUCUGAAAAUGUUACAACAAACAGUACGGCCUCCACUCACAUUGCUACUGCCUUCACAACACAGCAUGGCCCCGUCAUGAAGUUCUGGAACAAUUUCCAGAUGAUGCAGAGAGCAUUCUAUGUGCUAAUCGGUGUCAGUGUAUUGGCUGUGCUUUACUUCAUCAUCCGGACUGUACGAUUAAAGAAAAAACCUUUAAGAAAGAAAUAUGGCCUGCUGUCAGAUUAUGAUGAAAACAUGGAGAUGGGAUCCAUGGACAGCGAUGAGGAUAAAAUAUAUGAAGCUAGGAGCAUCAGAAGGUGAUGCAGAGGUCACUGCCAGCAAAAGAUCCCGUCAAUUGUUGUGGUUAUGUCUAUUCUUGUGAUUGCACAGGCUGUUUUCUGAUGGUCUGAAGUACUGAGUAGAAUGGAAACGCUGACCACUCAAAAUUACUAACUGAAGUUUGAGUCUUUUUGGAGAAGAUUAAGAGGUUGUGAUUCCCCUAAUUAUUGAUAACUAACUAACUUUUGUUCAGUGUCAUUCAAUGCGGUUUCUGAAAAGAAGUGGAUGGUGAAAAGAUGGUGCUUUGCUUUCUAGAAAAAUACACAUUCCUUUUUUUUUUUUUUUUUUUAUUGUUUUCUUUGGUGAGCAAGUGUGUUCUUCUGUGCAAUGUAAGUGCAUUUACUGCCAAAGCAUUGCGUGAUGACAAAUGGUUAAUCACAUUACAACCCUUCUAUUUUCCACUCACUGGGGAUAUAGGAAGGUUUUGUUUUUCUAACUGUGCUGGCAAUUUCAUAAAUUGUAUGAUGGGGGUUCUUUUGUAACAAACAUUUAUUUUUCCAGCGUAUCUUUUUAUAAAUUAAUAAAACAUUCUUGUUUGCCAA